UAAACAUAUUUUUCUAUUUUUCUCACGCAUUUCAUUUAAGACUACUUUUUCUGUUUGCUUUUUCUUUCUUGUUACAGUUAUGCUUCGUUUAAAUACUUUUUCGAACUUUAGAAACUUGAAGCAAGUUCGUUUUAUUGCCUCCAAAGCCAUAGAAAGACCUCACUCGCACGCUUUUUAUGAUGAUAAGAUUACAACAUUUGCCAGUAAACCUGUGAAGCCAGUAACUUUAAAGCAGCUUGUUCGGUUUGGACAGCCUCCUUUAUCAAACGAAAGUCUCCAAGCAUGUACACACUAUGCCAAGUCAGAGCUACCAGUGCGUUUAGCAAGACGCGUUCGCGCCUUUCAAAGUUUGCCUUUUAUUGUAGGGACUAAUCCUUAUAUUAAAGAGAUUUACAACCUUUAUUAUGACUCUUUUGAGUCCUUGGUGAAAUACGCUCUCCCUGGUGCAUCCAAUGAUGAUGUAGAGUUCAUUGAAAAGUUAAAGGCCUUUGUUGAACGACACAGUGACAAUAUUCCUACACUUGCUCGAGGUUUCUUGGAAUGUAAGCAAUACAUGAAUUCACAAGAUAUGGCAAGGUUUUUAGACGACAUGAUUCAAGCACGAAUAGGCAUUCGUUUGAUUGCUGAACAAGCUAUUGCAUUAAUGCACCAAAAAGAUAUUGAAACAGACGGUUAUAUUGGCAUCAUUGAUACGCAAAUCAAACCAAAUCAAUUGAUUAAACAGUGCGCAGACUUUGUUGCAGAACUAUGUGAAUUUAAUUAUGGAGAGAGUCCAGAAGCAAUUAUUGAUGGCCAUACAAAUACCAAAUUCACCUAUGUUCCAGUUCAUUUAGAGUAUAUCUUGACUGAACUAUUAAAGAACUCUUACAGAGCAACAGUAGAGCACCAUAAAAAGAUGGGAAGAACAACAUCUUUGCCUCCAAUUCAGAUCACCAUCAGUCAAGGUACAGAAGAUAUUUCUAUCCGUAUUCGUGACCAAGGCAAUGGUAUCAGUGAUGAAGAUCUUCACAAAGUAUUUGAGUAUUCUUAUACAACUGUAUCUAAAGCAAAAGAUGAUGCUGAAAAGGAUCCUUCCAAUAUUUUUAGAAAUAUUACUGAAAUGGCAAUGCAGAGUGGUGUCGGGGGUCCUUUGGCUGGAUUAGGGUUUGGUUUACCCUUGGCUAGAAUGUACGCUCGCUAUUUUGGUGGUUCUCUUACUUUGGUGUCUAUGUGGGGAUUUGGAUGUGAUGUGUUUCUCAAAUUAAAACAUAUUGAUGAUUCUAUGGCAGAAGGACUAGAGAUUUAAGAAUAAUAAAAGACACAGAGGUACAUGUACGGAUCAUGAGGUUGUAGUUACCAAGUUAUGUUUUCGUUUGCAUAAUGGACAAAACACAAUAAUUAGACCUCCU